GAUACAAUGUAUCAGCGGCACAGGGGAGCGACUGGAGAACGGGGUCUCAGUUCUGUGUGCGGGUGCAUGGAAGGUGGAUCUGAAUCAUGCGAUUUCCUUAUCUGAGAUGCUCCCUGCUCUUUAGUUUGACUGGAAGUACAUUGAGAGUAGCUACAUUAAAAUCAAAGCUAAGCGAAACCCAUGCGAGAGGCAUUCGAGUAACUUUUCCAGUCGUGGGAACAGCUAUUCGUUGCGGAUUUGUGCCAUGGACCUGGGUGGCCAGGGUGUGAUAAACAAAGUUUUAUGGUGCCAUAAUUACACAAUGGACAGCCUGAUGAUCAGAUAACAGACGGAGUUGUUCUUGUAUCAUCAUUAAACUUUGCAACUCGUUGAAAUGCAGACAUUCCUGAGACAUGGAGGAUAAGGAUUCUGAAACUUUGGAAACCAGUAAUACUCUAAUCAGUGACAGUUGGUAACUGUACAGCUUCUUAAAGAACUGCCAUUCUGACCAACAUGUAACAGUCACUAUUUGUCCUUGAUUGGUGGUGCAAGAUGACAUCAUUACAGUUUGGCCAUUGGUCCUAGUAUAAUGGUUUAUUCUCCACUUUUGACUGCACAUGCAGGGACCUCAAAUAGCACAAUUGUCAAUUCUGAACAUACCUAUUUCAACUCUUCAGCACAUGCUGUAAUUCACAAUGAGAUGGAACUCUCUGUUGCUGAAGGAUCUGCCACUUACAAAACUGCAGAAGGUAAUUCCAUGGAAAACAGCACAGCAAUUCCCACUCAGUCAGUCUAUGGGGGGAUAGGCCUUCCUGUGCAGAUCUUUCUUUCUGCCGUUCUAGUGGUAAUAGCUUUAAUUUCUUUCCUGGGAAACUUUAUUGUCUGUCUCAUGGUGUAUCAGAAAGCAGCCAUGCGAUCAGCUAUUAAUAUCCUUCUGGCAAGUUUAGCCUUUGCAGACAUGAUGCUUGCUGUAAUGAAUAUGCCCUUUGCCCUCAUCACUGUUAAUACUACACACUGGAUCUUUGGUGAUAUUUUUUGCAGAGUGUCUGCCAUGUUUUUCUGGCUUUUUGUGAUAGAGGGAGUUGUUAUCUUGCUUAUAAUUAGCAUUGAUCGCUUUCUCAUCAUAGUUCAACGUCAAGACAAAUUGAAUCCCUACCGUGCUAAGCUGCUCAUUGCCAUCUCAUGGGGUAUGGCUUUUUGUAUGGCCUUUCCCCUUGCCGUUGGUAGUCCACACCUGCCAGUGCCACCUCGCGCUCCACAGUGCGUAUUUGGAUAUUCUACAGAUUCUGGUUAUCGGGCUUAUGUUUUGUUAAUAAUAAUUAUGUUCUUCUUCAUCCCAUUCAUGCUGAUGUUGUACUCUUUCAUGGGUAUCCUCAACACGGUCCGGCAUAAUGCUAUUCGGAUCCAUAGCAGUUCAGAUAGCAUUUGUUUGGGCCAAGCCAGUAAGCUUGGACUCAUGAGCCUGCAGAGACCCUGCCAACUAAGCAUUGACAUGAGCUUCAAAACACGUGCCUUCACUACCAUCCUGAUCCUCUUCAUUGUCUUCACCUUCUGCUCAGCGCCAUUCACCACAUACAGCCUUGUUUCUACUUUCAGCAGUAGUUUUUAUCAUAAAGGUAACUUUUUUGAGAUAAGCACGUGGCUCCUUUGGUUAACCUACCUCAAAUCUGCACUCAACCCAUUAAUUUACUAUUGGAGGAUUAAAAAAUUCCGUGAUGCUUGCUUAGAGCUGAUGCCAAAAACCUUUAAGUUCUUGCCACAGCUGCCAGGACGUACUAGAAGGCGAAUUCGUCCAAGUGCCAUUUACGUUUGUGGAGAGCAUCGAUCUGUGGUUUAAGAUAGAAGACCUGAUAUUUUGUUUUAAAUAUCUUCUUUACUGCCAUCACACAACUUGCCAAUUAAUUUCCCCAAGAUUUCCUUCUUA